GGAUGGAGGACAGUUGACUAUUUUUUACGCACUUGUCGCCGCCGCACCGUCUUGCUGGCCCUCCCUAGGCCUCUCUCCACGUCUUGGCUCAUCACAAAGCUGUCCGGGCUCUACCCGGACCUAGUGCUGAGUCCACGGUUUCACCCCUCUCACGUCACAGCCGCCACGACUCCCCCCUCCCCCGUUUGCCAAGUCGCGCAUGUUCCAACUCUAAUUUAGACAAACCCAAGUUCACAGCAAAAUCUCUCCUGAAUUUCAUAAACCGUCGAGAAUGAUCUCCACUGUGAGUGACUAUAUUCUUGUCCCUCUGUUCCUUGUCGCGUGGCGAUGGGGGACCUGGUUGCAGGUUGGUCAAGUCAUUGCCUGGUGGGUGUUUAGUGGAGGUCAGGAGCGGACUGUGCAAGUUCAACAGUGGGUUAUGGAAAUGGUGGAAAGAAUAAGAACGAGAGCAAGAUUUCAGGGUAUAUCCGUGGGUGUGCAGACUGAAGCCGUGCAGAAUGACAAGAAAGCGCCUGAGAAAGUUUCCGAGAAUAAAGAGCGACCAUUUUCCGUUUCUGGGGGGUCUGUUAUUGCACCUGCUUAUCAAUGCGAGAAAGGAGAGCAGGAGAAGAGGGUGGAUGGGUCCAAAACGUAUGCUGCCGGUGUACCUCCUAUGUGGGAUGUUGAUUCAUCAUCGGAUUCGAAUUCGACUUUGGUGAAUCCGGACGGGGAUGUAGAGUGGAAGGAGGCGGUUGGGGUGCUUGCGGCUAUGGCGGCGGCCGCUGCUGAUAAAGAAGAUGAGAAGUCGCAAUCUCUCCCAUCGUCGGUGAAGAGUGAGCAAGUAGAUGUGGAAGAAGAUAAAGAUGCCGAACUUUUAAGUUUUACGCAAAAGAUUCGGCAAAUGUACGGCCAUGAUCCGCUUCUCAAAACCUUUAGCGAUGCCCACAUUUCAAAAUUCGUUGUUGGAUCUGGUGCCUUUAGAACACGAGAGGAAGAUGCUAUAAAAGCCCUAGAAUCUACACUUGAAUGGCGGCGGAAGAAUGACUAUGAUUCCCUCUUUACCGAAGACUUUUCGGACAUUGAACGAACCCGCAAACUCUAUUUUCACCCUCACCCAACCAAAGAUGGCCUGCCUAUUUUGGUUUGGCGAGCGGCACGUCACGUCAUGUGCAAGGACGAGCAUGAAUUGCAGCGAACAGUUCGAUACCUGAUUUCGGUGGUGGAAAAGGCCAAAAAGAGCGGAAAAUUGGAUACACGAUUGACCCUGCUUAUAUCUCGUUUGGACAUUCUCCCCCAAAACAAGGAUCCAGCGCUACUCAAAUUGCUCCUGUCAACAUUCCAGACUCACUAUCCUGAUCAUCUGGAGCGGUUGUACAUAUUUCCAAAGACGGUCCUGCUGACUAUUGGAUGGAACGUUGCAAAAGUAUUUUUGAGCUCUGACGUGCGUGGACGAGUGGAGAUACUUGGUGGAGAUUGGAGAGAAGUGGUCAGGAGGGAGGUUGGGGUGGAUGGGCUGGGUGAGGAGGCUAUGGAAUCUAAAUCGGGUAGUAUUAAAGAAAAAGGCAAGGAAAAGGAAUCUGAAGUAAAAAAGAGGUUUGGUGUCAAAUGGUAAUCUUGAUAAACUGAGCACAUACGAGUGCCAUAGUAUUUUUUGUAUAUUUUAUGUAGUAGCAUAAUUAGGGAUGGCCUCUCUCUCUAUCUCUGUGCUUUGGUUGGGCCUUGUGCAGUUGCUGUUGUCGUCCUUUGACUGCCCUUUAUUAGUGUUAUUUUUUUUUUUUUUUCGUUCGUGCUUGUAGAAUUAAUUCAACUGAUAUGCCAUUUCCUUUCCUGUAUGAUUACGAUAUCUUGGCGAAAAGCAA